AUGGCUGGUGAUGAAGAAGUCGCGCGGAUCAAGCGAUUGAAACGUAGUUGCGAAGUCAAACGCAUGAAUUACAUGAACAAAAUACGUGCAGUCCAUAGUGUGGCUGUUCGGACUGCGGAGGAUACGUCGGUAGUACCUCAGCUAUUGGUGAUGGUUGAAUCCCUUGAUCAAUUGUUGUCGUCGUUUACCAUCGAAGAUGAAGCGUUGUUGGAUCAUUUGUUGGAUUUAGAGCUUGACAAUGAAUAUCCUGAUAAGGAAGGCGUCGAGAUGUUCGAGUUGGUCUCCUUUGCCAAGGCAACCGCCCAUCAUUUUAUGCAAUACUGUCCCGAUCAAACGAUAGUGUCUACACACGGCGGUUCACAGGGGUCAUUGAACGAGGUCGGCCGGAAUGUCCCGAAGUCGGACGAACAAGUGAUUACCGACAAUGUGACCAUAGAUGUGAGCCCAGGAGCCAUCCAAUCAAAUAAUGCGGGUUCUCUGCGAUCCAAUAUCGUCCAAGUGAUCAAGCCUGCCCGCCUACCUGAAAUCCCGUUGCCCACGUUCGAGGGUGACAUUUAUGAAUGGAUUACAUUUCGCGAUCGUUUUACAACAUCGGUGGAUCGUCGAGAACAUUUAUCCGAUAUUGAUAAGUUUUAUUACUUGGUGGGAUGUUGCAAAGGGGCAGCUCGAGACGCUAUCCGAGGUAUUCCGGUAUCAGACCACAAUUACAAGUUGGCGUGGUCCACUCUCGAGGAAAGAUUUAACAAACCCCGUCUGGUUGCAUGCUCAUUAAUUGAAAAACUGUUAAAUGCACAGCGAGCGUCUUCAGAAAGUUUAGUCGAGUUGAACAAAUUGUUAGUAGUGUUCGACGAAGGUGUGUCGCUACUCGAGUCCCUGAAUAUACCUAACUUAGGCGACUUCAUAUUAUUCUCCAUUGCUUCACGGUGUUUGCCCAUCUACAGCAUUAAGUUAUUCGAAGCCCAAUUAGCCAACGGCUUUCCUACAGUAAAAGACUUAUUGAGGUUUGUAAAAUCUCGAGUGGCCAUAUUAGAAUGCAUUCCGCGGGAACCUACCUCGAAACAAACAAACUCUCACAAGACCACUAAGACUGCGACAUAUAAUGCAAAGAAGCCGCCGCUGCACACUUCCAUGGUUACAAGCAGCAACUCGUCAAAGGCAGCAAAGUCUUGCAAAUGUUGCAAAGGUACUCAUGAUCUGACGUCAUGCCCAAAGUUCAAGGGUUGGACGCAAGAAGUGCGUAACAAUUGGGCACGAGAUCAGCGGAUAUGUUUUCGUUGCCUACGCCCGGGACAUUGGGUGACCAAAUGCAAGUCUUCGAAUAUAUGUGGUCAGUGUUCUCGUAGGCACCAUUCGUUAUUGCAUUCAGAUGGAUCUGCAGCGCCUUCCAGAGAAGAGGAUUCAUCGAAGGAGGGACAAUUGGACAGUGCUUCCGCAUCGUCAUGCCUUGGUCAAAAUACGUCGCCUUCAGUCAUUCUCGGGACAGCUCUCAUACACAUGCCUGACUGCGUCGGCGUGAUGCAUACGGUGCGAGCGCUUAUUGAUUCAGCUUCACAAAUCAGUGCUAUUACUUCGGAGUGUCAAAAUCGUUUAGGACUCCGGAUGCGAAGGUGGACAGCACCUGUCUCCGGUAUUGGUGGUGUUUCGGUACAAAACGUUUUGGGAAUAGUCCACUGUCAAGCGCAACCCAGAUUUUCACCGGAUCCAGUAUUCAAUUUUGAUGCCUGGGUGUUUCCGUCAAUUACGGCCGAGAUGCCGCGACAUCCACUACCAAGUUCGAUAGCAGAAAAAUACAAACACCUUGCUUUAGCUGAUCCAUCGUUCAUCAAUCCUGGUACUAUUGAUGUCUUAUUAGGUGCGGAUCUGUUUGCUCAAAUUCUAAAUGGAAAGCGGGUGUCGGUCGGCGAUGCUUUUCCGGUAGCGUUCGGAACGGUGUUCGGUUGGGCCGUCAUCGGGCCGGUUCCAAUAUUAUCAUCUAAUAUCGCCGUAUCAUGUCACGCAUCACUUACUACAUCGGUUGAAACGUUGCUGGAGAGGUUCUGGGAGCUCGAAGAACCAGAUGCAGCACCUGAAGAAUUUACGCAAGAAGGACAAUGCGAGGCCAUAUUUCGUGACGGUUGCACCCGUGAUAGUUCGGGUCGAUUUUGUGUACCGCUCUUGUUCCGUCAAGCCGUUUCUGGUGACACUUUUCGUGGCUCGCGCGCCGUAGCUGAGAAGCGAUUCGAGCAUUUGGAGAAGAAAUUAGCCAACGACCCUCGUCUUCAGCGUUUAUAUUGCGAUUUCAUGUCUGAAUACUUGACCUUGGGACACAUGUCUUCAGCCAAGUCCGAAGGGGAUUACUUUAUCCCACACCAUGCCGUCUACCGUCCCGCCGAUAUCGACCCGAAGAUACGCGUAGUGUUCGAUGCUUCCGCGACGUCGUAUUCGGGCGUUUCCUUGAAUGAUUGUUUGCUUCCGGGACCGAAGCUACAGCGCGAUGUUGUGGACGUCCUAUUAUUGUAUCGGGUUCACCGUUUCGCCUUCACAACCGAUGUUUUCAGUGAUUGCGGCACAAACUUUGUUGGGGCUAACAAUUUACUUCGUGCUCUUGUCAAUGAUCCGGCGUGUCGUGACCAACUAACGGCUAGUGUCCAUUGUACGUGGCAUUUCAACCCUCCCGGUGCCCCUCAUUUUGGUGGGCUUUGGGAGGCAGCAGUUCGCUCAUCAAAAUCAUUAUUAAUGCGCAUUAUGGGGGAGCACACAUUCACCAUCGAAGAGUUUGGCACAGUACUGUGUAGGUGCGAAGCCAUUUUGAAUUCUCGGCCAAUUACUCCCGCCUCGUCCGAUCCCACUGAACUUGACUGUCUAACCCCGGGGCACUUCCUAAUCGGUAGACCAUUGCUUGCCGUCCCUGAAGCGGACAUUUCGAUCACAACCCGGUCAUUGGAGCAGCGGUGGAAGCUGGUCAGUCAAUGCGUGCAAGCAUUUUGA